UUAAUGCUAAAGAGGGUGGCUUAAAUGUUUAUCAUUCAAUAGAUCUAGUAACGAGAACCUUCGUAGAUGUUUUCGACAACUUUUCUAACACAUUUUGUUAUUUUCGGAUGUAAAAAAAAACAACGUAUAUUACUUUAAAUGUACUCUUUCGGCAAAUGGAUUCUUACACUCAUAAUACGUAUAUCAAGUUUUUAUUAGUGUAUAUAAUUGGAGCACAUAUAUCUGGAAGUUACGUCGGCUUGAACGACUGUGAAACUAGAUCUUCUUGUACAAGUGACUUUUUCCUCUUGGCGUUUUUCUUUUUCUUUUUAUUUUCGAGUGGCAUUGUGUCAAAGUUUUCAUACUUAUAGCAUAAAGGAACGGGUUUUUUUUUAUUUGUUUCGGUGUUUUAAACAGUGUUAAGAAUUAGAUUUGUUGUUUGUAGUUAGAUUUGCGCUGAUACGAAGAUGUAUCAAUUUGGCUACCCGGAGGAAAAGAUGCUAAGAUGCAUGCCGGAGGAGGCGAUUUCAGCCAUUGCCUAUAACCAUCCUCACCCCAACAGUAAUGGGUUCAAGAUUAACAACCUUCAUUUACGGGGUCUUGGAUCUCAUCUGGGUACGCAGCAGACGACAGUUUCACAGGUCCAGAGCUCACCACCAAACAGUAUGUACUGUAACCAGCAGCAGCAACAACAACAACAACAGAGACAAACAAAUAUGAACACAAGUUUACCAUAUAUGGAUAAUCAUCCAAUAUUACACACAACUCUACCGGACAGUCCACCAGAUUCGGAGCCGUACUCCCCACCGGACGGUCAUCCUCAUACAAAUGGACAGACGAACCAUCACGUUCACUCUAGCAACCAUUCGCUCACAAAUAAUCAUCAUAAUACUCACCAAGAAAAUUCAAAGUAUACAGUGACAUCAACACCCUCCAGUAUGUAUCACGCCCACCACCGUCCUCCAGGGAUGGCUCAACCAAAGACGCUCGUCACUAUGCCUGGGUACCAUGAGCCUCCAUUGCUCAACCAUUUACCCCCCACCUCACUCCAACCCCAACUUCCCCCAGUCACUAUGCCUUUGAAUGUACCCCCACAAACAGGCAUGAACCCUCAAAUACUCACUCCCGGAAAUCUCAGCCCUACAAGUAAGAAGCGUAAACACAUGGACUCACCCAAUGCAGGGAUGAUGUUUAGCAGAAAUGGACUCAUUCCAAAUAUCAAACAAGAACCUAAUGCAUACACAAAUUCGAGUUACCUCCCUGAUUGUGAAGAUGAUAGUUACAGUAAUUAUGACCCAGAUUCUAGCAACGGCUACGACAACGGUGUAUAUCAGGUCAUAAAGUGGCAGAAAUACGAGGACAACAAAUGGGCGACACUCACUGAUGCAAAUUUAAAAGAUUUGCCUGCUCCACAGUUCCGUGUUGAUGCAGACAAAGGUUUUAAUUUUUCCGUGUCAGAUGACUCAUUUGUGUGUCAGAAAAAGAAUCAUUUUCAAAUCACAUGUCACAUCGGGAUUACGGGCGAUCCAAAAUAUGUCCGCACUCACGAGGGCGUAAAGAAAAUAGAUCAUUACUGUCUACAUUUUAACGGAAUCAAGUUGGAGUCACCAAGUCAGACAAUUAAAAUAGAGCAGUCACAGUCAGAUAGAAGUAAAAAACCUUUCAAACCUGUCAGAGUUGACAUACUACCAGACAAUGUGUCUAAGAUGACGGUAGGAAGAUUACACUUCAGCGAAACUACGUCAAAUAACAUGAGGAAGAAAGGCCGACCGAACCCAGACCAGCGAUAUUUCCAGUUAGUUGUAGCUCUUCACGCUCAUUCUGGUGAAAAUAGCUACUUGAUAGCCGGAAGUGUGUCGGCAAAGAUUAUAGUUAGGGUUGUUUUUUCGAUCCAGGCAUCGAACCCAGGUCAGUUUGAUAGCGACAUGGAAGCAACACACUGGACUAAAGGUUCCACGCCGGACUCUGUAUAUCACAUAGGACGUGUAGGUGUAAACACCGACCAUCCGGAUGAAGCUGUAACCGUACAUGGAAACAUCAAAUUAUCCGGACAAAUUCUUCAUACGUCGGACAUUAGGGCAAAACAAGACUUCCACGAGGUUGAUUCCAAAGAACAGCUUAAGAAAGUAUCAGGUAUAAAGAUAUAUAAUUACAAGUACAGCGAGGACUAUGCGGAUCACGUCGGUCUGCCAGAAGAUAAACGUAAAGAUACGGGUGUGAUUGCCCAAGAAGUUCAAGAAGUUUUACCUGAUGCUGUUAUAGAUACAGGAGAUGUAAAGUUUGAAAAUGGCAAUGAGAUUAAAAAUCUUCUGGUUGUUAAUAAGGACCGUAUUUUCAUGGAGAAUGUUGGAGCUGUGAAAGAAUUGUGUAAACUAACAGAUAAUCUCGAGGUUCGUAUCGAUGAACUCGAGAAAAUGAACACGAAGUUGUCCAAGUUGAAGAGAUUUGAUAGUCUUAAAUCAACAGUCAGUUCAAAAUCAACAAACAGCAAUAGUACAGUCAACAGUUCAGCACCACCUAAGAAGCCACACAAGACCCAUCGUGCAAAGAUUACACAACCACCACCACCGACCAGACCUGCUCAAUCUUCAAACUGGUGUAGUAACCGGUUCAUACAAAUCACAAUUAUUAUACUCAUUUGCAUAAUGGCAUUCUGUCUCAUCGCUAUAACAAUAUUAUAUAUUUUGGAACGACAGAAAGAUAACUCUGGCUCGACUUACCAUACCACAAAUCAUAUAUAUCCAAGUGGACAACUGCAAUCUAACAGUGGGACAAAUAGCUCGGGGAAUAAAGGAAGUUCUCCGUUACAUAUUCCGACAACUAGACCUACCAGUACAAGGUUCAAUACUCCGGAGGAUAAUACCACCCCAGUCCCUGGAGUACCUAGUGUUGCGGCAAUUCUUCAAGCUGCAUGUAGAGGACCUCCGAAUUGUGAAGAACAAUGUUGUGGGCCGCAGAGUGACCAGGGUUUUGACACAAGCGGAUAUUCCCAGUUUCUGAUAGACAUAGAGGAGAGAAUCCUCCAGGCAACUAACGCCCCCUAUACCAUUAUCAACAGUAAUGGAGGUCAAGGUCAAGGAAAUGCUCCGACAACUUCUGCGUCAGAUAAAAUACAAGUGGUAAUAAACCCGAACAGUGGUCAAUAUAUAGAUAGUGGUAUAGAAAAAGAUAGCCAGAACAGCGUUGGGCCUUAUUACAGGCGUCGUCGUCGCCGUAGAAACGCAAUGCCAGAUCCAAAUGCAGCAUUCCUUGCACAGAUAACUAUACCAGAGUUAAACUUCACGUUGACAGAGCAGUACAAAGACGUUGAAUUUUCAAUGCAGAACAAUUUCACCUAUAACAUCAUGUACAGCAAGUAUUUCGAUAUGAGACCAUACAAAUUGAAGUUUGGUGUGUCAGAGAAUAUGAACGUGCAUAUGUGUCAUCAUGGUGUAACGAGGCUGUGUGAUACCAAUCUAGAUGCGGAAAUAGAUUUACCUGACAUUGCCGUGGAGUGGCAGAUUCCGAUUGGUCGAUACCACACAAAUUUUCUCCAGUUCAGAGUUACCACUCAGGAUAACACACACGUAUGUGCACAACCUGGUGAAGAAUCUGUGGGAGUUUAUGUACAGUACAAUCUCCUGUUUGCCAGAAGCUGUAGCUAAACGUAGACAAAACUGUGCAGAAAAACACAAAACCUGCCGUAGAUGAGGGAAAUUCCCAGUAC